ACGUCACUAGCGAUGACUCCCACUGGGUGACUGUGCACUGAUCCAGCCCCUGCUCCGCGGUCCAGCCUCUCAUAUCUGCGCUCCACCAACCUGGCCACUCUGAAUGUACCAGCAGCUAGCCCUCUCCCGCUAACGUGAACAUGCUAAGGCUAAGCUAGCUGUCAGCCCAGGUUCUGCUUCCCGUACUGCGCUAGCGGAUGCACCGGGUCGGACCGUGCUGCUGCUGCUGCUGCUGCUGCCGGCCCUCUUGACAUUCCCCCCUCCGCAUUCCUGGACGGAUUCGUGUCGACUGACCAGAGUCCGCGAAUUCGUGUCCAUUCCCGAUCGAAGCUCCCCCAUCCCCGCCAGUGCGAGAGAGAGCGGCGGAGCGACCGGGCGACAGUUGAAGAAGUGAAGGACCACACCCAAGGCAAGAUGUCCCUGCACCAGUUUCUGUUGGAACCCAUCACCUGUCAUGCAUGGAACCGGGACAGGACGCAAAUUGCCAUAAGUCCCAAUAAUCAUGAAGUUCAUAUCUACAAGAAAAGUGGAAACUCGUGGGUCAAGACUCAGGAGCUGAAGGAGCACAAUGGACACAUAACAGGCAUCGAUUGGGCUCCUAAAAGCGACCGCAUCGUGACAUGUGGCGCCGACCGUAAUGCUUAUGUGUGGUCGCAGAAGGAGGGCCUAUGGAAGCCCACACUGGUUAUUCUCAGGAUCAACCGCGCAGCCACCUUCGUGAAGUGGUCCCCCAUGGAGAACAAGUUUGCAGUGGGCAGCGGGGCACGCCUCAUCUCCGUCUGCUACUUUGAGUCAGAAAAUGACUGGUGGGUGAGUAAACACAUCAAAAAGCCCAUUCGCUCCACCAUUCUCAGCCUGGACUGGCACCCCAACAACGUCCUGCUGGCAGCCGGUUCCUGUGACUUCAAAUGCAGGGUGUUCUCGGCCUACAUAAAGGAGGUGGAGGAGAGGCCCGGCCCCACGCCCUGGGGUAGUAAGAUGCCGUUCGGGGCUAUGUUAGCAGAGUUCGGAGGAACUGGUGGAGGGGGCUGGGUCCACUCUGUCUCCUUCUCUGCUUCUGGAAACCGCCUGGCCUGGGUCAGCCACGACAGCACUGUCAAUGUGGUGGAGAGCUCCAAGACUGCCAGCCCUUCGCAGUUGAAGACAGAGUUCCUCCCUCUCCUCAACGUCAUCUUUGUGUCUGAGAACAGUAUAGUAGCUGCGGGUCACGACUGCUGCCCCAUGCUGUUCCGCGUGGACGACGGAGGCGCCCUCACGUUUGUGUCCAAGCUGGACCUGCCCAAGCAGAGCAUCCAGAGGAACAUCACAGCCAUGGAGCGCUUCAAGAACAUGGACAAGAGAGCCACCACCGAGGACCGCAACACUGCCCUGGACACACUACACCAGAACAGCAUCACCCAAGUGUCUAUCUACGAGGGAGACAAAAGGGAUUGUCGCAAGUUCUGCACCACAGGCAUCGAUGGAGCUAUGACUAUUUGGGACUUUAAAAGUCUAGAAGCAUCAAUCCAGGGUCUGCGCAUCAUGUGAAGAAGAGGAUGAAUGAAACACUAGACGCUGCACCUCCUCCUCCUCUCCUCUUCCCUGUAUCCCUCCCUCCAUCCCUCCCUCCCUCCAGCUAGUAAAACACACACACCACUAUUCAGAAUUCAAAAUGUCCGCUCAAGCACUGAACGCAACACCACGCACUCCUAGAACCUGCAAUAUUAGGCUUGUUUCAAUAGCAAAUUAGAAACACGAAAUAUUGAUUAUUAUUAAUAAAGAUUUUAUGCCUAAAAUAUAAUAUAAAAAUCUUCUAUAUUUUCAAUUUCAGUUUCCAAUAAAGUUUAAAUUUUCUCUCCAUUUUCCUGUUGAAAAAAAAUUCUACAAUGAGAUUAGGAGCAAAUAUUAAAGAUGUUUACUCAUGUAACUUUGCUGGUGCGUAAGCUGUCGUACUGGAGUGUUCCACAAGAUGGCAUUGCAUGUGUCUUUUGAAUAGAGCUCUCUUACUGUGAGCGGGCUUGCCUCUCUGCAGAUCUGACUCCACCUGCCUUAUUCCAUGGAAAGAGAUGGUUUAAUGCCAUACUGUGGAAAAUACCAGACCAAGCAAUAACAUCUCCAUGGAGACAAGCAUGUAGCGGACCCUCUACCAAAGUUACAUAGUGCACUUUAAAUACAAAAUUAUUUAUUGCGAAUAUUGAAUUGCGAUUAUUGAACAAUAAUUUGAUACAUUUUGUGGCAGGCCUAUCUACACACAUCACAUUAUCACAAUCACCCAACUGACGUGUGAAUUCACUUUUUGCUUUUGUUAUUUUAUAUUAAUAUUUUAAAUGAAGGCUAACCGAAAUGGGGUGGUCCUAUUAAAAUGUGAUGUGAUUUUUCUUUUUUUAAUAUCUGCUAACCUCCUGUACCAAAACACUAAAGGAGCGUUUUAAUCCCCCUAAAAAAAAAUCUCCCCCUCAAAAAGAAAAAAAAAAAAAACAACUCACCAUUCCACCCUCUGGACAAAACCACACGCCAACUUUGGGCAGGAAAAGUAAAUAUUAAAGUUGAAUUAUAAGAAUUGAUAUAGAAGUAUUCCGAGUUGGCGACGGGUUUUGAUCGUGGCGGUGCAGUGGGUAUGCAGCAGUCUGAAUGAUGGCGGAGUUGCUUGUAGGCUCCAAAGAUGCUACGCUAAAAAAAUGGAGGAUUUCUAUGUAACUGACCAUGAGGUAGACGUGAAUAAAGACAAAUACAUUUACAGUA